AUGGAGGACCUGGAUUCCAACAUCGGCAGCUCGAGCCUGAUGCGCUUCACCGAUUCGACUCGCAGUCACCACCUCGAAAUCCGCAAAAUCAUCGCCGCGACUGCCCACGGUUUCGUUCCGCGGAGGAUUGCUCCCACCGCCGUGUCCUACUUGGAUGCCACGUGCUCCUCCUCCUCCGAAGAUCACGUGAUCGAGGCCGUCGUCACGAUUCUCUCCGUACUCAUCCCGCUUGUCUCCCCGGAAAUUCUUAUCGAGAAGGAGAGUGCCAACAAGUCUGUGUCGGCGGCGGUGGCGCGUGUUCUUCGAUUCGACACUCGCAAUUUGAAUCGAGACGCCGCCGUUUUGGGAUUGAAGUGCAUUUCGCAACUGCUGACUGUCAUCCUCACCAGCAAUAUGGACUCUGCUGCCUGGUCCCAUGUCUCUUAUUUGUACGAGCUUUUACUGGGUUUCGCAACUACGCGCAUCAGUCAUGUGCGGAAGCCGUCACAUGUUGUGAUUGCCGAGAUAAUGCAAAGUUUGCAAGGCACCGCAGAUAUUGUGCCUGCAAGUGAAGCCCUUGUUAACUUGUUUGAGAGAUGGUGGCUUCCUCUGCUUGGCGGCAAUGGCCCCAGUGUCUUGUCUAAUGAAGCUGAACCCAUCGAGUCCCGGUUUUGUUUGGAUGUGAUGAAAAGAUGUGUGGUCCUGAUGCCUACCAAGUUCAAGCUAACAAUGCUCAACUGCUUCAAGACCAUCUUGGAACUGGCGUUGCAUAGAAACUCAAUUACAAUACGUGUUGAAUGGAUUUUGGAAAGGUUUUGUCUCCACCCAUCAGCACCCAAAGACGUUCCUCCUCACCUGUUGCUUGAUCUGUUAUGCUUGAUUUCGGACUCUGUCACCAAAAGAGCGGCGUUUGAUCAUGAGGGGACAACUACGGCUUCUAUACUCAAAAAUGGAGUGUCAACAGUUUACUCCUCCAACUGGGAACUCUGUGUGAUCAAACUUCCUCUUGUGUUCGAUGCACUCAAAGUUUUGAUGGGGAUACCUGCAGAUCAGGAGGAUCACGGGUAUAUAGAAGAGGACAUCGAUACAGCAGCACAAGCCUUUAAGCAUCUCAUUCAUACUUGCAUCGAUGAAGGUUUGAUUAAUCAGGGACUUGACCAGAUCAAUAAAAUUGCAAGCAGCAAGUCUGAGCCUCCUCAGCCGAAGGAGCUAACUGUAAUUGAAAAAAUGUGUGCGACUAUUGAAAGCCUACUAGGUUAUCACCGUACUGGUGCUCAUACUUUCAGCAUUGACCGUGCAUUUGAAGUUGUUUUGACAAUGUUUGAUAAAUUAGGGUCACACUCGUGUUGUUUCAUGAGGGGUACACUGGAGAGCUUGGCAGACAUGCACAAGUUUGCUGAUGAACAAUUCCCUUACAGGAAACAGGCUACACUUCUUCUAGGAAGGCUUGUUGAGGAAAAAAUUGGGGUUGAUGAUAUUAGUAUUAGGGCUGUCCUGACUCAAGAAGAGCUCUUGGGACUGCUUGCAGAUUAUAGGGACCUUAAAUCCAAGCAAUCGUCACAACUUUCUCAUCUGAAACGGAAGGCGUCAAGUAUUGAGCUUAUGCCAGAUCGUUGUGGUCCAUCAAGUAUAUGGGCUAUGGCGGUUACAGUUAGAGAAAUAUCCAGCACAGAGAAGAUGACAAAGAAGAUUAAGCUCUAAGAAAGCCCGACUUCUUCAACUUUAAUCAAGACAGCUGCUGGUCAUGAUGAGUUGCUUAAGUUAGUCUCUUGUAUAGUAAUAAGUAUAUAUGUAGGUCAUUAUGG